CGCGUCUGUGGCUCGACGAAUGUAAAAUACGUAAGCGAGUGGGCACUGUUUUGUCCAACGAAUUUAGGAAAGAAAGCUUCGGAGAUGGACAAGAAAGAUUCGAUAGAUAACGUGGAAAUGCGCCUUCAGGCUUUGGAGAAUCACAUAUAUGGAGAAAGAAGAAAUAAAAAUGCGAAACCUUUAAAGUGUGCAGAGGCUCUAGCCAGAAUCCAGGCCGACCUGACGAACACGGCCAACAAGAGAGAGCGAGUCAAGAUUCUUCACAAGAAAAUUGAGGACCUGAUGAAGUACUUGGACCCGCAAUUCACCGAUCACAUCGCUGUGCCCGACACCAUGAAGCUGGAGUUUAUCCUCGCUGAGGAGGACUUCCUGCUCUCCCAAGCUGCUUUGCUGGAGCAGAUUAGCAACCUGCAGCCAAUGCUGGAGAGCACCUACAUCCGAGAUGUUCCUGAGCACGCUACAAAGCUCCAGCGUCUGUCCCAAAUUCAUAUCAAACAGCAGGACCAGACGGAUGCUCAGUCGUUGGAAGUCAAGCAGCUUUUUGACGAAUACGACAAAAUGAUGUCCCUGCUGUCCAAGCAGUUCGCCCAAUGGGACAAAAACCUGAGGAAACUGGAGGAGGACAAGGGCAUCCGGCCUGUGGAGUAACACACACUCAUUAUGAGGAGGAAGGCAUGUGACCUGAACUUGAGUAGCUUUUUAACAUACAAACUACGCAAAAUGUCCAAAGUCAUUUUUCAGUGAUUGCAGUUGCUAGACAGAAAAAAAAAACACAAGUUGUGUGACUCUUAAUCAGUCAUCUGGAGGAUUUUACUCACCCGUCCUCACGGGACAACUUGGUCAUCCUGCUCUUAUUUAUUUUUACACGUGCUACUCCAAAAAGUGUGUUAUUAGAUUUACUCGCAUUCCGACUUGAGUCAUAAGACUAUUAGCGCCUGACCUGCACUAAACAUUGAACUUUCCGUUUGUCUCCUGAGAAGACAACAUGUCACUACAUGACUGCGGUUGAUUAAAAUGUUAAUAAAAAUAAAAAUUUCUAUUGGACUGUUCCUGCAGGAUGGAUGACU